AUGAACAAAGCAACCAUCAAAAAUCUACUGAGUCCUGUCCCCUACCUAGUACCUAUAGGUAAUCAUGAAAUCAGUGGCCGCAAGUGGGUCUUGCCUGAACAAAGCACUGAAGAGCAGGCAUCCAAUCCAAUCCAAUCCAAUCUAGGGAGUCUGAUAGCUGGACAGCGUCUUCUCAACGGGUCCAUCGUCGAAAUGGCAAUCCCAGUGGGACGUACCCUUUUCAAAAAGAAGGAGGGCAUUCUGACUCUCACAAGUGACCAUCAGCUGGUCACUUGGACUCCUAAUUCAGGAGGCCCUGCCACAAUCUCACUCAACAUCAAUAACAUCACAAAUCUCCAGCAGACCCCAGAUUCUUCACCAAAGGUUAUGCUCAAAAUCUUCGAAAAGGUUGGAGACGCGGAGCCUGCUACAUAUCUCUUCCACUUCAACACUGCCGAGGCCAAGGAUGAGGCAAAGGCUGUCAAAGAUCUGUUAUCCAGCCUAUUAGCGUCUACGCGUGGCAACGAUGGGUCUGUUCAAAAACCAUCCGGCGCAAGUGCUGGCUCUUCAACGCCUAAUCCAGGCGCUGGUGGCGGCAGUGGUGGUAGUGGUGGUGGUGGUAGCGGUUCCGCAUCCAUGGCCUUCGCCAGCGCCGUCAACUCACAGAAUGCUUCAUCCUCGCGCUGGUUCGAUGACUCGCAGCUCAAGAACGACAUCGAGUUGCAACAGUCGCUGAUGAGAAAAGAUACAAGUCUCCAUCAAACAUACGUUGAAGCAAUGCAGACCAAGCCCGACUCCUUAUCAGGAGCCGCCUUUAAUUCACAGUUCUGGUCAACCCGGACAAAUCUUCUCCGGGCCCAUGCUAUUGAGAUAAACCAGAAGAAGGGAGCUUAUAAUGUCCUCUCAACCGUCAAACCCAAGACUGUUGAUGGCGAACUAAAGUUAAACAUCAGCGUAGAGCAGGUGCAGAUGAUAUUCGCACAACAUCCUCUGAUCAAACGUGUAUACAACGAGAAUGUCCCCAAGAUAUCUGAAGCGGACUUCUGGUCCCGUUUCUUCCUCAGCAGACUUUCCAAAAAACUACGCGGUGAGCGAGUCGCUGAGAACGACCCCAAUGACCCUUUGUUCGACAAAUACGACCCUGCUGAGAAUACGGUUGCUUUUCAGAGCAAAAUCAUGGCAAACCAAGUACCGCACUUUAUCGACAUCGAGGCCAACGAAGAGAAUCAGGGAGGCUUCAAAAGUGGAAACGCGAAGGAUGUCGAGAUGCGUCCUAGGGCCAAUAUACCAAUUGUAAAGACCCUCAAUAGUCUCAGUGAGAAGAUCAUGGCCAACGUUGCCCCAUCUGAUGUCAACAAUGAUGAUCCCGAUGGCGGUUACAACGCUUAUGUCCAGUUGGCUUUGCGUGACUUGAAAGGCGACGCGAAGGAGCAUCGUAUUAUGCUCAACGUGAAAGAACAGAACAAGUUCUUUUCAAAGCAUGACUCUGCCCCCUCGAAACAAGCUGCGGUUUUCGAAAGACAAGUUCCUAGCGAAGUUCUGUUCGAGAUAGUGGGAGACCUCGAGACUCUUGAGAGCGAUGGUGCUGGCGGAAUAAACAUACAGGCAGCAAUGGGAUUUGAUGAAGAGAGCGAAAGUGACGAAGAUGCCCCCAAACGGCCACAUGUUGGAUCACGCUUCGCUCUCUUAGCUGCUGACAAGGACAUCAUGAAGGGAGUGCGCCAGCAACGCGCUCAAAAAUACGGUCACGAGACGGAUGCCGCUGAGCCCAUGGGGCUUCCUGUUGAGAUUUCCCGCAAGUGCAGUCUUACCCACGCAACGACCAUCGAGUUUCUGCAUCAAUUCUGGAACGCGUUCCUCUCGGGAAACCCGGACCGCGCUGGUGAGCUACAGUACCUAGCCGAGUCCCUCGGCCGCUCACUGGCACGCAUCAACGCCGUUGCAGAGGAAGCCGACAAGGAACGCGAGGAAAUCAUUCGCAGCCGGAAGAAAGAGAUCCGAGAUCAUUUCCAGCGAACCGGCAAGAAGAUCAGAUGGCGAUCUGAUAAUGUUAGAGGUGGCAAAGCUGCCGUGGUUGCUUUGAUGCAACCAACUAUGAAUGCUUUGGAGAAGGCUCAAGCCGACUACUCGAGGGCUCUCGCAGCAGAAGGGAUACAGAUAUCGACCGAAGCAUGA